UCAAGCGAUUUCGUUCGCUCUCUCUCUUUCUUUCACUCUCUUACCAUACGCUGCUGUUAAAUGUUUAAAUAUAUAUAUUUAUGUAUAUAAAAAUAUAAAAAAAAGAAACUAAAUAUUAAAAAAAAAAAAAUAAAUAAAAUAAAAAAACGCGGUCUAUAAUCGCUUUAGCUGGUAUCGCAUGCUCGAUUUAAAGUUGUGGUGUUGUUGUAUAUAGUCUUAAACUGUUGACUAAAACUAUAAAAACUUGAAAAAAAAACACUUUAAAAUUAACUUAAACGAAAGUAAGAGGAACCUCUUCAGCGCCUGUUUUUUUUUAAAUAUUUCUUUCAAAAUUACGCUCAAAUAAAGAAUAAAUGGCCACAACAAAUCAAAAUCAUCGAAAACCGACCAAUGAUGAACCGGCUGCUUCUGAAUCUUUGGUUAACAAAGUUAUAAAUGAAUCAGAUGAAGUCGAAGAGGUCGAUAAAUCAACAGCUGCCGUUGUCAUACCACCCGACAGUGGCUGGGCUUGGGUGGUUAUGGUAGCCUCCUUCCUUUGCUGUACAGUCAUUGAUGGUAUUGUCUUCUGUUCCGGUCUCAUUCAGUCUAGCCUUAUCGAAGAGUUUCAAGUGUCCAAAGGUUAUGUGGCGUUUGUAUCUUCAUUGCUCAGUGGUUGCUACUUAAUGGCUGGUCCAUUUGUAAGUGCUUUGGCCAAUCGUUUUGGUUUCCGGCCAGUAACUAUUGCUGGUGCUCUUUUUGCAGCUGUCUGCUUUAUUGUAUCCAGUUAUGCCACCAGUGUGGAAAUGCUCUUCAUAACUUACGGUAUUUUGGGUGGCAUUGGCUUCUGUAUGGUCUAUAUUCCCGCCGUGGUCAUAAUUGGUUUCUAUUUUGAAAAAUGGAGAGCUUUGGCCACCGGUUUGGCUAUGUGCGGUUCAGGUGUGGGUACUUUCGUAUUCGCUCCCUUGACCAACUACAUGUUGAGCCAAUUUAGCUGGCGCCAAACUAUGAUGUAUCAAGGUUUCAUUAUCAUUGGUUGUGCCAUCUUUGGCUUGGCUUUCAGACCUAUCCAACCUCUUACUUUAGCCGUAGUCGAGGAAGAAGAUGAGAAGAGGAAAUUGAAUGGUCAUGGCAAUGCUGUUGCUCCUAAACCUCAAUUUGCCACCACUGCCUUUAGCAAGCCCUUACCUGAGGGACGUUUUGCCUAUUCUAUGCCCAACUCUGCCCACAACACCUAUGUGGGUGCUUCGCCCAAACAUCACUAUCCCACAGCUGCUGAGGUAUUCAAAGGUGUCAAUAUGGAACGCCGACUAUCGGGCCAAAGCAAGGGUACUGAAUUAAAGAACUUACGUAAAUCUCAACCAACCACACCUAAUGGUGAAACUCAACAAAUGACCUUCAAUCUCAACAAGGAACUGACCACAGUCGGCGAAAAUGAAGAAGAAACCGAAAAUGAAAACUUGUUGGAGACUGAGGCCAAGCCCACCAUUGUACAAGGCCGUCGUCACACUGUUUCCGGCAGACGUCCACCAAAUAUUGGCAGUCGCAGCAAUGUUGGCUCUCAAGAUGCCGUCAACACCAGCGUUACCCGUCCCAUGUAUCGUGAUGAUAUCUUCUUCUCCGGCUCCCUUACACGAAUACCCCAAUACCAGUCACAAUCCUCCUUGGCCUAUCACAUGUCCGUCACCCGUCUACCCACCAAAACCGAAGAAUUGGAAGCUCGUUCUAAGGGCUGUCACUUGUGUCCCGAAGCUGUACGUCGUACUUUAUCCACUAUGUUGGAUGUAACUCUGUUGAAAUCACCCUCUUUCAUGUUAUUGGCUUUCUCCGGUUUCUUGACAAUGAUGGGUUUCUUCGUUCCCUUUACAUUCUUGGUGCCUAGAGCAGAAUUGGCUGGCAUGGAUACCGGUUCGGCUUUGGGUGUUGUGUCCGGUAUUGGUUUGAUCAAUACAAUUGCUAGGAUAUUGUGUGGUUUCGUCUCAUCCUUCCCCAGUGUUAAGCCUCUAUGGUUAAACAAUAUUGCCAUUACCGCUGGUGGUGUUGCCACAAUUUUCAGUGGUGUCGUCAUUACCAGUGCCAGUCAGUGGACUUUUGCUGUUUUGUUCGGUUUGUGUAUUGCCUGCUUCUCGGCUUUGAGAUCUCUCAUUGCUGUCGAAAUGAUUGGUUUGGAGAAAUUGACAAAUGCUUAUGGUUUCCUGAUGUUGUUCCAGGGUAUAGCUGCUACCGUAGGCAGUCCUAUUGCCGGUGUUUUGUUUGAUAUGACUGGCAGCUAUGACAUUUCCUUCUACUUUGCUGGUGGCCUUAUCUUGGUUUCCGCCUUCUUGUGUUAUCCUCUAACCUGGGUGUCCAACUGGGAGAAGAAGAAGAAUGAAGAAAAGGCAGCACAAUCAUUACCUCAUGCCUAAAUAUACAAUAAUAACAUAAUAACUGAAUUCCUAGACUUAAAACAUAAUAAAACAAACUGAAACAUAACAUAAAAACAAAAACAAAUUAAAGAAAAACAACAACAACAAAAAAACAAACAAAAGAGUUUACUAUUUAAUAACAUUUAAUUUAAUUUAAAGAAAACUGUAACAGAGCAAAGUAACUUUUCUAAUAUUAAUUUUUGAGUAAAAAACCGCAAAAUAAUCAAAAUUUUCAUAAAACAUACUUUUUAAUUUUUCCUUUUUUUAUUGUUCUUAUUUUUUUCCCAUUAAUUAUUUCUUUUUAAAUUUUUCUUUUGUUAUUAUUACAUAAUUAUACAUAGUUCACUUUGUUUUACAGUUUAUAACCCAAAUAAUAAUGAAAUACAAUUUUGCCUUAAGUUAAUAUUAAAGUAAACAGAAUACUAAAAGAAAGGAUUUGAAAAGAUUUUGUAAUAUUUUCAAAACUUUAAAUGUAAUAGUUAGUUUAAAAACUUGCCUAAUAAUAUUGUUUUAUAAAGUGAAGAAAAAAAAAAGGGUGAUCAAAUAAGACUGAUACAACAGGUUUUAUGAUUUUUUAGUGCAGAUAUUUUUUUUUAAAUAUUUUUAAUAAAAAAAUAAAAUAAUAAAACAUUUGUAAAAUGUAAUUUAUAAAGAAAAUAAAAUACUAAAAAAAAAUUACUUUAAGACUCCUUUUAAAUAUUUAAAUAAAAAAAUAUAGAAGUCACAUAUUACAUCACCUAUAAAAUACAACUUUUUAAAGAACUUUAUAUAUAUAAUUUUGUAAGAAGUCUUAGUUUACUAUUUGAUCCCUUUUUACAAAUCUAAAACAAACUAAAUUUAUAUAAGUAACAGAAAUAAAAAAAGAAGUUAUUUUUUUAGACUAGCUGUUGAUCAGCAUUUAGAAUAAAAUUUUAACUAGAAGAAAUAAAUAAAUAAAAAAAAAUCAAUAAAAUAAAUUUAAAAGUCGGUUUAUAUCGACCAUUUAAUAAUCUACAGCACAUGGGCAUUAUUUCGUAGUCGAAAGAAAAAAGAGUUUAUUAAAUCAGCCUCGUAAAUUUUUUAAAAUUUAGAUCUUUAAUCCUUAAAAAGAAAAAUUACUUAUGCUUUUGCGAUCGUUUUACUUUCAUUAUUCAUUUAAGGGCGACAUUAACGCAUAUCUGAUAGAAAGACAUUUUGUAACGAAAACUUAUUUUGAUAUCAACAUUACGAUUAAAUUUAUUAGAUAUCUGGUGGAUUAUACUAUAUGUUGUUACGAAAACAAACGUUCAAAUCGAACGACUUAAUGAUCCUUCUUUCAGUUUCUUUAGCGAAUUCCAAAAAGGGUUGAAGUUUUCUGAAUAUUUAAAUAAGGGUUCUACAGUAGAAACAAAAAAACGACUUCCGAACUUUUCGACGACUUCCGAAAUUUAUCUAAUAUUGAUACAAAAAGUCGAGUUUUAAACUUUUUUACAAAUUUCGAAAGUUGACUUUUUGGAAUUUUAACUUUUUGGAAUUUUAACUUUUCGAAAUUAUUUCAGCAUUGACUUUUUCGUCUUUAUCCGAAUUUGAAAAAAGUCUACUAUUUGACUUAACCGACUUGGAAAAAGUCUAUGUUUCGACUUUUUACAUUUUAUGAAAAAUAAAUUUUUCGACUAAUUACAAUUUUAAAAUUGUUGACUUUUUUUAAUAUAUACAUUUCGACUUUAUCCGAUAUUGAAACAAAAAGUUGACAUUUCGACUUUUUGCAAAUUAAGAAAAGUCGACUUUUUGCAAAUUAUGAAAAGUUGAUUUUAAAUCGAAAAUGAAUGAUGAAGUGUCAGUCGUUUUUUCAACUUUUAACAAUUUUGAAAUUGUUAAUUUUUAUCCAACAUUGAAAUAAAAAGUCGACUUAUCAAAUUUUUUACAAAAUUUUUUACGAAAGUUGAUUUUUAAGAAUUUAAAAAUUUUUUCCGACUUUUUGCAAUAUUGGAAGAAAGUCGACUUUUUGCAAAUUAUAAAAAGUCGACCUUUCGCCUUUUUUCAUUUUAUGAAAAAUCAAUUAUUCGACUAAUUACAAUUUGGAAAUUGUCGACUUUACCACAAUUAAUUGCAAUAUCAUCUCGAUCCAACAUUUAAAUAAAUUUUAGAAUUUUUGCAAUUUUUAAAAAGUCGACUUUCUGGCAUUUUCUGAAAAGUCAAAUCUGCUACUUUUUGCAAUUAUUCAUAUUUUCCGACUUUAUCGAAGAAUUUAAACAAAAAAUUUUUUUUUUUAAUUUAUUUGAAAUAGUCGACUUUUUGAAACUUUUUUAAUAUAGACUUUUCUGACUUUUUGCAAAUUAUGAAAAGUUGACUUUUUGCAUAUUAUAAAAUGUCGGUUUUCCAAACUUUUGCAUUUAAUUAAGUCAAUUUUCGGGUAUUUUCAAUAAUUUUUCGAAUAGUCAAGUAUUUGAAUUAUAUCUUUCGACUACUCGGCAUAAGAGGAAAAACUUCGAAUUAUCCGACAAAAAGUAUAGGACCCUAUUGUUCCGUUCUUGCCUUACUAGACAAUCGUUUAUCGACUUUAUUAGGACGAAAAAGUCGACAUUGAAUUUUCGACUUAAACUAGGAUUUGAAAGUUGUAACAAAAAGUCGACUUUUCGAAUUCCGACUUUUACUAUUUCGUCUUUUUCAACUUUUACUUUAAUUGACUUUAUUAGGACUACGACUUAUUUCGACAAAAAGUCGAUUGUUCGAAAGUAGAUAUAUAGAAUCCUAUUAUAUUCUGAAAUUUAGUUGGGAAUAAAAUCGUUUACAAUUUCAAAAUUUUCUUCAUAAUUUCUAACCACAACUAACUAAACAGUGUUUACAAAUUUCAAAAGGAGUUAACGAUGCUAAAACAGUAAUAAGUAGAUUUAAUAAGCAAUUUCAAAUAGAAUUAGAAUUUUUUAAAAGUUAAAAAACGUUUUAUGAAAAUUAUGUUAGAUAAUUGUAAAAACCUGUGCUUUAGAUUAUUAGCUACCGGGAAAAAUGUAAUAAAAGAAACUUUGUGUCAAAUAUAUCAUCAAACAAACUAAAGUGCCUUCCAAUGAAUGUUGUUAAAUGUUAAUAGAAAUCGUUUAUAUUUAAAUAUACUUUUAAAAAAUA